CCCCUCCCGCGAGCUCCCAUUCGCUCUGGAGACGCCACUCAAGCGGGGCGGCGCCUUUUGGCGAAGUUUUUGCCACAAUCAAGAGCUCCACGUGUGGCAGCCGCCGGAGCAGCGAGGAGAGGAGGCAAGCAAGGCAAGGAAGGAAGGAGGGGAUCUCACAGCCAAGGGGGCAGCCGGGCGGCCAGAGGGAGCCUUUCAUUUCCUGGGCGAGGAGCAAGAGAGUCAGAGGAAAGACUCCCGACCAGGCGCAGAGCUGUCAUCCAAGGGAGGCGAUCUCGCCGGGAGCCUUGCGCCACGGAGAUGCGCCCCAAGGCUGGCUCGGAUGCCCCCUGAGGAAGACGAGGAGGAGGAGGCGAGGGGGGAGCAAGGGUGCUGAGCGGCAGAGCCGAGGGGCCAUGGGUGCCUAGCAUGGCCCGGGGAGGGGCGCCCCCCGCCUCCUCCUCCUCCUUCUCCUCGCCUCCUUCUCCUCCGCCGCCGCCUUCUCUUCUUCCUCCGCUCCUGCCGCCGCCUCCCGGGCCGGAGCCCUUGCCCCGCCGCGCGCUCCGGAGGCUGCUCCUGCUCCUGGGCUCGCUCCUCAUGUCUCUCUACGGCAGCUACUGCCUGGCCGGGGCGGCGCGCCUCCUGGCCCGAGACCCGGUCCCGGUCCCGGUGGCUGUGGGCGCCGCCGCCGCGGAGGAAGAGCUCUUCGGGGUGGCCCCGCUGCCCGGCGGGGAGGGCGCCAAGCGGCUGCCGCAGGCCGUGAUCAUCGGGGUGAAGAAGGGCGGGACGCGGGCGCUGCUCGAGUUCCUCCGGGUCCACCCCGACGUCCGGGCCGCCGGCGCCGAGCCCCACUUCUUCGACCGCAACUACGGCCGGGGACUCGCCUGGUACAGGGAACUAAUGCCAAGAACUCUUGAUGGGCAGAUAACCAUGGAGAAAACACCCAGCUACUUUGUCACAAAGGAAGCACCCGCUCGCAUCUCUGCCAUGUCCAAGGACACCAAGCUCAUUGUGGUGGUGAGAGAUCCCGUUACCAGAGCCAUUUCUGACUACACGCAGACACUGUCCAAGAAACCCGACAUCCCCACCUUUGAGAGCCUGACCUUCAAAAACAGGACUACAGGCCUUAUUGAUACCACCUGGAGUGCCAUCCAAAUUGGCAUUUACGCCAAGCAUCUGGAAAACUGGCUCCUAUAUUUCCCCAUUGGGCAAAUCCUUUUUGUCAGUGGGGAGAGGCUGAUCAGUGAUCCGGCUGGUGAGUUGGGUCGCGUCCAAGACUUCCUGGGUCUCAAGAGGAUCAUCACGGACAAACACUUCUACUUCAACAAGACCAAGGGUUUCCCUUGCUUGAAGAAAGCUGAAGGCAGCAGCAAGCCCCACUGCCUGGGCAAAACGAAAGGGCGGACCCACCCCAGCAUCGACCAGAAGGUGGUCCAGCGGCUGAGGGAGUUCUAUAGGCCCUUCAACAUGAAGUUCUACCAGAUGACAGGACACAAUUUUGGCUGGGACUGAAGCUGAAAAAUAUAAUUUAAACAAAUAAAAAGGAAAAAUAUAUUUUUGUACAUAUUAACAGAGAAGGGAAAUUAAUAUUUGUGCUAAUGUCUGGUGGCCCCAGUUAAUAUCUUCAUUUGGAAGCAAAUACCAUGGUUUUCUAUUUUUCUUGUUUAAAUUGUUCAGGAUUUACAAUGUCCAAUCCAGAAAACUCUCAUUUGGGGUCUAGCUGAUGACACCAGUAUGUGGCCUAGACAAAUAUGUUUCCAGUUUUCUAUGUGACAUCUUUUCUCUUUUUCUUAUUCUUUUCUUUCUUUCUUUUAUUCUUUUUUUUUUUUGAAAAGUUGUUUGGAAUCAUUCAACACUUAAUCCCAAUGUUAGUACUCAGAUUUUUAAACAUGGCACAAUAUUGGUCCCAUUGUUGACCACAUUAAUCAAAUAUGGGUAGGAUUUUUGACUGAGUCUUAUGAUAUAAGUUAAAUACAUAGCUGAUAGCCUGAAAUUAAGGAGCUCAAUCUCUACCUAUUUUAAGAAACCCACUGUAGAAGCAGAAGUGAAGCAAACAUGUAGCCAAUCAAAUGUAAAGCUCAGGGCCUGGGUUAGGCCUGUGCGGUGCUUCUAUUCAUUGGAAUAUGUAAGUCUGACUCUGCUCUAUCAUCCACAGUAUCCACAGCUUCAUGGCCAUGAAAGAUUUAGGAUUUUGUUUUUCAACUUCCUCCUAAGAUGUAUGUGCAGAUCGUUGGAGCAUCUCUUCUUUGAUCAUUUUUGCCAUAUGAUGUGGUUUACAUUGGUGGGUGCUAAUGCACAUUACAGGACCUAUCUUGGAGUAUCCCUGGUUUAAGGACUCUAAAGCAUGUUUCUGUGUUUUUCAUGCCCAGUGUCAUUUGAACACUAUGUUUUUGGGAUGCUUCAAUAUACUUUAAGUGGUCAGUGCAGAUUUCCCCUAUGACUCCCAGAAUGCUCAAGUCAGCAUGAACAGAGAGCUCCACUGCAGAGUUAUAUUGUCCUAACUGCUUCUUUGUUUGUACUACUAAAGCUGAAGUACGCCCUUGGGGUUGCGCCAUGAGGCAUUAACCGAAGAGUGGUGUGAGGCCUUGUCCAAACAUAUGACUCCAAAUCUGUAUGUUUUCCCAAGGAAGAUCCAAUAUCCAGGCUAAUUAAGAUAAAGUAUCUUCAUUAUAGUUUGAAAGGCUUUUCAAAGCCUUCUUCCUCAACCCUCAGCUGAUCCACCUGUUGUCUCCCUAAAGCCUUAUAUUAGCUCAGAUUUUCUGUCCAGAGCCCAGUGACAGCUGGGUUGAGCUGAAGAGUCAACAGUAGGGGAAAGUAAGAAGGAGAGUAAGUCAUUUUCUUUGUCAUCUCCCCCACUCAAGUUUGAAAGGUCAUGAGGUCACUUUUAACCAAUCUGCUCAGCCUUCUGUCUCCUCAGAAUGCUCUGUCUCUAGCCUUAAGCCCUUUUCUGGCAGAGGUUUGUGCCAUAAAACAUCUGGGUAAACAUGUUAAAAUCUCCCAAACAAAGAGAGAGGAAAGUAGUAGCUAUAGGUCACUUGAGAAUGGAACAUGUGACAAACCUGGCUUGCUCUAGCUCACACUAACUCCUACCAGAGGUCCCUCAAGGAGCUUGUUUUUGCCCAAAUAUAGUGUGAUUUCCCAUUGGAUCACGGAAGUUACAGCUUUACCAAGUCUUUAUCCUUUUGUGCCAAAGUAGUAGUAACAUUUGGCAAGGCAAUAUUUUAGCUAGUAUUUUGCACAAACAUCUGUGCAUAAAAUUAUUUUUUGUAACAUUUUCAUUAAAAUGUCACAGAAUAAAAAAGAGAAAUCAACAGAAAAGAAUCCCUUUUUGUAAUCUUCUCUGUCUUGAAGAAGACUUUUGAAAUUCAUAAUUUUUAUGAGCAAGAACAAAAUGCACAAAGAUUUAUAUCCUAGUUGAAGUAAAUAUCAUGCUGUAGAUUACACAAGUGUUAAAUUCCACCAUACACUCAUUAAAUAUUUUUAAAUAAAUACAUUUUAAAGAAAAAAAAUCCACUUUAAAGCAGUAGGCUGUUUCAUAAAUUAAAAAACAAACUUUAGAAAGUAUUCAAAAAUGUGAAAGUAUAUCCCCCAGAAUCAUGUUGGUGUUAUAAGAUAGGAUAACCUUUAUGUUGUAGAAGAAGUUACCCAGUGCCUUCUUCUGUAAUUACAUAUACAUACACAAGCAUGCAACUCCAGAAGGUACCAGGGCACAUCCCUACAUAUGAUAUUUAGCCAAGGGCUGGAAAACUCCUGGGCACUAUCUGGUUGCUGUUAUGCAGCUGUUUAGCUGCAGCUGAAUAGUACCUUGAGACUUCACCCUCCUAAUCAUGGAUUGGCCAUGGGAAUGUAUCCUGGAGCAUUCAACAAGGUUUGCAGAGCCAGUGAUAAUAUAAACCCAGCAGAAUUACGUUGCCAUUGAUUUCCAUUCCACUGAAACAGGAUUUUGGCCUAUGUUUCUUCUAAUCUGCUAACAGGAACUGAUAUGAGUGGCAAUUCAAGCCAAUUGAUUUUCAGUCAUCCCUCUGCUAGAAAGGGACAGCUCAAUCCCAGUCAAUUGGAUCUUUAUCAGUUUCUGGAGUCUUGUAAGACAUGAAAAACGUUAUCUGCACCACAGGCAUAUUGUUAUGUUUGUCCAUUCGCUUGACCACCAUGUGUCCAAUGUCGUACAGUGAUUUGGUGGCAGAACAAUUUGUAGAUCAAUUGCCACAGUGGACUCACAACAAUAACCUCUUCAUUUCAGUUAAGCUUUGUUACACUGCUUCCAAGUCCAUAAAUGGAGCCCACAUUUCGAUCUUCAUCGCACACUCACUGCAGUUGAUUCUUUGUUUCUCAUAUCUCUGUGCUGUUUA